AUGAACCCCAGCCCCAGCCCGCCGCAGGAAGCAGAGCACAUCCGCCAUCAGCAGCUGACGCCAGAGUCACCGCGCCCGCAGAACGUGCCGUCGCCGGCGAAUAUUCCCAUCUUAGAGCUGCAGAUGGACCCGAACUUCCAUGAGUCUUCACAUAACAAUGGCAAUGGCACCUCGACUCCCGCCUCACAGUACGCGUCGCAUUCACAAACACCGAAUCCUUUCGCAUCGGCGCCGUACUUGUCCGAUCCGACGGCCGCCGCAAACCACCAAACUGUAGGGGCGCAGAGCGUCGGAGGAACUGCAUCGGGAUAUGCUCAGUCAGCAACAGCGUAUGGCGACAGCACGGGUACGCAGGCGCAAGGUACCUCAUCAAUCCAGAACUUUUCAGCGCAGCACCAGUCGCGCGCAGCUUCAACCAAUGACGCGACGCACUCGCACUCGCACUCGCAACCGCCCGGCCAAGAUGUUCAAUCUGCGUACCCAUAUGCCCAUGAGAAUGCGUAUGCUGCCCAGCAACAGCAAGCUUCAGCCCAGUCUGCCCCGGGCGCUCACUACCAGCCCGAGGGCAACGGUGCUACCAGUGUUGACGUGCAAGCCUUGUUGGACUCUCUAACGCCCGCCAUGCAAAAUGCGCAGGCAGGCCACUAUGCAGCUCCUCCUAUGACGUCGCAGAAUAAUCAAGCGCAACCCAACGCACCGCAAGCCAGCCUCCCGCCCCGACCACCGGCGCAGGGUUUUAGUUACAACCCAAACGAUGACAUCCGGUCAUUCCAUCCGCACAGCCAGCAGACGCCGAACAACCCGCAGCAGCUCGGUAACGGGCAGCCGCAGAAUUUGACUGUAGCCGCACAGAGCUAUGCUCCGAUGUCGCAAGAGGGAGCUCAGGGUGCGGCAGCGCAGGGCAGUGCGCCGAAGCGUCAGGGCCAGCGCAGUGAGACACCAGACGAUGAGGACAUCCGGUGGCCGCCGGAGGUGAACAGAAGAUAUGAGGAGUUUCUGGAUCAGGAAAGGAAAUUCGUCACAGAGGGGCAGUGGGAUCAGUUUCCCAUGGGCUCUCGUCUCUUCAUUGGCAAUCUUCCCACCGAGAAGGUUACGAAGCGCGAUAUCUUCCACCGGUUCUACCGCCAUGGCAGGCUUGCACAGAUUAGCAUAAAGCAGGCCUAUGGUUUCGUUCAGUUCCUCGACUCCGAAUCGUGCCGGAGAGCGCUCGACGCAGAGCAGGGCCAGGCAGUGCGUGGUAGAAAGAUGCGGACCGAGAACGGCGCUUCCGUGAAAGGGAAGACUAUCGCCCCAUGCGCUCUCCUUCGCCGCGCGGUGUACCUCGAGGUAUGCGGUCAAGAGACAGGAGCCGCGAACGUUUCGAAACUCGGGACUCUCGAUAUCGCAGCAGAUCACGAACUCCACCUCGCAGGCGUCGAAGCCCUUCUCCAAGACAGGACUACACCGAAGAUGACUUGGAUCUCCGUCGAAGACUGCCUCACGAAGUACCUGACAUUCAGAUUCUUGUCCUGCAUGAAGGCAUAUCUCGGGCUGCGUAGCAACGUGCUCAUCAUGAGCGGCCGAUUCCCCGAACCAGCUGUCGUGCGCAGGCAAAUUAUCGAAGGUGUGCUGGCCAUUGUACGAAUGGACACGUCUGGCUUCAAGAAGGGCAAAGUCAGUGUCCAGAUUUUCGAUCGACGCGGUGGUGCCAACAACGUCCAGUUCAAUGAAUACGCCGACCUCGACCCAACGACUGCCGCGCUACUCGUCAACAACGCAAAACAAACCCAGUCCCAGCCCGUCCAACCUCCAGCGCCGACCUUUGGCUUCAAUCGCAACAUGCCUCCGUUUAACCCGAACACCCAAAACCCGUUCACCGCAGCUCCUGCUAGCCAACCGAAUAUUUCCAACAUCAUCACUUCCCUCGAUCCCGCCAGUCUCUCCCAGCUGCUCGGAGCAAUGUCAGCCGGUAACAACGUCCCUCAAAACCAGCAACCCGGAUCAAUGUUCAAUCCAGACCUUGCUCGGCUUCUCGCUCAGGUCUCUAGUCCAGUCCAGACGCCCGGAUUCGGUACUUCCGCUCCGCCACAGAUGCCCCAGCUCAAUCAUUUUCCUGGCCUUGCUGCAAUGCUCGCCGGCCAGGCACAACCGGCUGCUCCGCCUGUCCAAAACACCCCCCAACCCGGCGGUGCGCCUGCAGACAUGAGUGAAAUCAUGGCCCAGCUUGCUCAGUACCAACGUGGUUGA